UCGAAGCGCGUUCCGGAAGUGUGCCCGCCCACUUCAAAGAUGGAGGACGAUACGUCAGAUUUGAGCAGACCACAGUUGUAUUUGUUUGGUUGCACCCUGAAAUCGGACAAACGGGAGUUCAGGGUUGACGUCGACGACGAUGACACGGAGCAGCAGCUGUCACUCAAAGCAGUGUGUCUGGGAGCGGAGGCUGAAGACAACUUCCAUACAGUGGAAGUCGAGGGCCUCACAUAUGAUGGAAAAACAACCAAAGUGCCACUGGCUGUCCUGAAGCCAUCGGUCCUGCCGUCUAUGAGCUUAGGUGGAUUUGAGAUCACACCUCCAGUCACCUUCCGUCUCCAGUCUGGCUCUGGACCCGUUCACAUCAGCGGGCAGCACUUUGUCAGCGUGAAGGAGUCAGAUGAUGAAGAGGAGGAGAACAACUCGUCACCGGUGAAACGACCUGCGAGCCUAAUGUCGGGGAAGAAGCCUCCAAUGAAAAAGCUAAAGAUGGAUUCUGAUGACGACGAUGAAGAAGACAGUGAUGAAGAUGACGAAGAUGAUGAUGAAGACGAUGACAGUGACGACAACGCUGCGAAGCCCCAGAAGAAAGUCGGAAAGAUGUUUGAAAAAAGUCGAGAGUCUCCGGCAAAGAAGUCCAACAAAACCCCCGUCAAACAGAACGGUCCUGCGGGAAAAGCAUCGGGAUCUGCGGUCAGACCACAGACUCAGAUACCUGCCCCAGGAAAAGACAAACCCCAGGCCGGCUCGUCCAAAUCCCUCUCGCUGGCUGAGAUUAAGAGCAAGUUGUCGACGACCGCAAAGGAGGGGAAGUCUCUACCGAAGACGGAGCAGAAGUUUGAGAAUUUCGUCAAGAGUUCUUAUAAAGUCACAGACAAGAGCGUGAUCAAGGACCUCUGGAGUUUUCUACAAACACUGAAGACCAUGAAGAAGUAACACGAACCUCGCACCGUGACGCAUUUGUAUGUUUCUGCAUCCUGCGGGACGUUUAAAGGCACAGUCAGCGAGAUUUCCUUGCUCGGCCCUGUUGCGUCGUCACUGCUAACUGUGAUCGCAAAAGGCCGGAGCGCCGAGGCAGCCGUCAAUUAUUCAGGUGUCAUCGUCAUUUUUUUAGAUGCAAAGCGCUCAUGAGCUGUCGACGUCAUCGCACGCCAACAAUCUGCACCACCUGCAGGAACGGAGAACAUUAGGAAGUGUAGAUGUUUGUUUUUCCUAGUUUUCUGCACUUUUAACACAUUUGCCACCUGCUGGCUGUAAAGACUUCAGUUAGGGAUGCACCGAAAUCAAAGUUAUUGGCCGAAAACUGAAACCGAAAAUCAAGGCAUUGCAAUUAUAGUACAUUAUUUAUUUAUAGUAUAUUAUGAGUAUAGAUUAAUAUUCAUGCCUCAAAGAAUAAAUCAAUUAAGAAUCUAUGAAAAUAUUCAGGAGGAUCUCAUCGAACAUGCAUGCUCCUCAUCAGGUGCAGACAGAUGCACUGCUCCUGCGCUCCAUAUCAAACGCAGCAUGGAUCAUUUCUCUACACGCUGCUUUAUCCCUCAUCCAAGUAAUGAUCUGUAUGACGAUGAGGAUCGAGUACGGUCGUGAUGAAGUGCAGAGGAUCCGAGUGAAUGUCGCGGGGAUUUGAUAAUCUGCGCUGUAUGCUGUUCCACCAUGUACUUGUGUCUUGUUGGAACUGUUUUUAUUGGCAUUCCACUCUGAUCUUGGACAGACUUAGUGGGAAUGGACAGGUGUGCGUGCUGGACGCAGUUUUCACAUGCGUCCUCACAACGUCCUGUUUCGGUGUUAAAAUUCCUUCGGUCAGUUUUUGGUGCAUCUCCAGCUGCGAUUUAUGAUACUGAUACAUUUUUAAAGCACAGAACAUACAAACAUGACUUUGUUCUCCGACACACCUUCAAAAAAAGUCAAAUCAAAUUUUGUUUAAAAGAUUCUUUCUAAUCACAAUUUGCCUCACGUGGUUUAACAUGUGCCGUGUUUCUAUUAUUGUUCAGUUUGGUACAGUACGGUACAGUUUGGAGUGGUAAAGCUUACCUUACCGUACCACUUUACUCUGGUACCCCAAGGGAAGGAUGCCAAAGAAUGGAACAGAUGGGGCUGAACCAAACUGAACUGUUCCACUCAGUGGAAACACGGCUAAAGUGUGACAUCCUCAGUCCUUAUUUCACAGCAAUGAAGAGGAAAAAAACCCCAAAAAAACCCAAAAUACAAUAAAAACAUUUAACAGAUGCUGAAAACCAUAUUAGUAUAUUUCCUUUAUGCUAAAAACGUCCAGGUCCGACACAGGCGGUUACUUAAUGGCAACUUAAAUGUCUUUUUAACAGCAGCUAUAAAAUGAAAACAGUAGGCAGAACACUCAGUGACUGCAUGUCGUAUAGUAAUGCAUGCACGUGGUAUAAAAAAGGCUUUGUCCUCGCCUGUAGACGGCAGCUCUGCAUGUCUUCAUAUCGACGUUCUCCGCCUGCAGGUGGUGCAUGUUGUGAGCCCGGUCCGGUUCAGGUGCUUUGCCUCCGAGACGCCACGUCUCCUCACUCGGUCGAUAAUGCAAUAGGAGAUAUUGCAGAAUGUGCCUUUAAAUAUCUCUGUCGUAAACUGAUAUGAAUCACAGUCCCAUUUAUGUGUGAAUUUGAGCCGUGUACACGGGAAUAGUUAAAGAGCGCCGAUACGAGGGGACGAUUCUGUGGCAUCAUGUUUUUACUCCACAGUGUUUUUCAGAUUUUUUUUUUAGUUCUGUCUGGUUUUACAAACCUUUUAUUUUAGCUUGUAGCCAUGCUGACAUAUUGUUCUGUUAAUUUGCCUGGAGUAAUUACUCUACACAUACAGUAUAUGUAAAAGAAUCAGUCAAGCAACAUGACAGUUGUACUCGGGCUGCGACUAACCACGUCUUCAUCGAUUCAUCGAGUAAUCGUUUGGUCCAGAAAACGGUGAUCAGUGUUUUUCAAACGAUGUUUCGUCCACAAACCCAAAAUGAUUUCAGUUUUAAUGAUUUCUUUCUUUUAUGGAUCAAACAAACCAGAAAAUAUUCUCAUUUUAAGAAGCUGAGAAAUCAGCAAAUGUGUUUUAAUUCCAUUAAAAUCAAUUCAUUUUUUAGUUAAUAAUCAAUGAAUCAAGUAAUUGAUGAUUCUUUUUGUUUUAUAAUUGUUUGGUCCUUAAAAUAAUGAUUUUCUCAAAUGUCUUGUUUUGUCCACAAAGCAAACCUUUCAGUUUUAAUGUUUUCUCUAUUAUGUGGAGCAAAGAAACUAGAAGUGAAUGACAUUUAAGAAGCUGAGAAAUUUGAAAACUUGUUUUAAUUAUUAAGAAGGAUGGAUAGAUGAGAUAGAAUCACUUGAUAAAACUAGUCAUUGUUUUUACAGGAAAACUUUGAUGGGAUGAGGUCAGUGUCAGGGCACAGUCGCUCUCACACACACAUGAAUGUAGCAGUGCCUCUCGUUCACUUCCGUAACUUUGCCUCUUUUUUUUUUUCUUUUUUUUUUACGUUGCCGCACAUUUUCUCGCAAACCAAAAAAAAAAAAUGCUUGUCCGACAAACACGACCUCGAACAGGAAAUGGACCACAGAACUCAAUCUAGUGUCAUCUGCUACAUUUAUGUGUGUGUCUGUGAUAUUAUUCAGGGAUGCACGGUAGUGGCUUCCUACACUUCUGUACCUGUGCCCUGAACAACUAUUAUUUUCUCUUAUGUUUAUUUGUUUUGCACCAUGAAAUCAUUUUACAUCUUCAUCUGCGAGGACUUGUUUGCAAAAGAUUUAGUUCAUUUCACUACAGAAGAGAAGAAAUGACCACUGCCUUUGGGUGUAGGAAAAACUGUAUAUCGGUUAUUGGCCCAAACUCUCCCGAUAUAUAUCGUGCAUCCCUACUUGUAUUAUGAGUGAAUCUUCCUUAUAUAUGUAUAUGUAUAUAUGUAUGAGGGGCUUAAAACGGACCCCAAAAACUUUAUCCAGGUUUAUCGUACGUGGCACCAUGGUAUUUGAACAAACUUGUCGUAGAGCUUUGGUCCGAUCAUCUUCAAACUUGGCGAGGUCUCUGUGGGUCUUAAUUAUUAUGGUUAUAUUUUGCAGUUUUAUUUUGGCCCUCGCCUCCGAUGCAUACAUCGAAGGUAUGCUCGUUCUUAUUGACUUUAUUUCACACUUUCAACCAUCUUUUAACUGACGUCUUGUUACAUAAGCAUUAACUUGAAGAACCUCGCAGACGUUACACACGAGUAGAUUUACUUCGGGAAAUGCUAAUUAAUAUCAAGCCCGUUCCCAUCUGAGUGUGUGGAUGACACCGAUUACAGCUUAAAGAACAAAAAUCUGUGGGAAAAAAACGCUUAAAGAAUAUUACGGGCUCAAUAAAACCAACACAGAUGUCUCCUCUAACUAGUUUUUUUUUCUCUCUCUCUUUCAAGUAUCGUUACAUGCAUAAAGUUAAAAAAAAACACCACCAAAUGGACUGUUAACAAGCCCCAGGAAUACAUUUACGAGUUGGCACUGAUGAGCGUUGUAUUAAAGUGUAAUCCAAUUCACAAAAAAAAACACACUCUGUGUCGUAUUUAUUACAACGUAACCGUAAGUUAUACACACACAAACACACGCGCGUGUAUAACGACAUUAGUCACGAAAUAAUGUUUACAAGAACCUCAUAAAGCGCUCAGUCUAGUAAUUGUCCGUACUGGUGUAUAUCAUGACACAGAGCAGGCACUGCGGUGCUUAUAAUGUGUUUAUGAUCCUGUAUAAUGCUUUUUAUGAGCCAAAUGCUGGCAGGUGGUUGCCAUCCUUAACCAAUCACAUGAUUCCCUUCAGCCAUCCCCGUUGUCUGUAAAGGAUAUUUGGAAUUCCUUAGGUGUGAACUUUACUAUACUUCAGCCCUGUUAAUGAAUUGACCUAAAUCUGAUGAUGAGUUUGUGAAUAUUUCUGUUAUUUUGUGGUGAUGGUGUAAAAGCAGAUUUUCAGUGCUAUAGCUUUUGCUCACACAAACACAAUUUUAUGAUUUUAAUACUAAAUUUCUUUUCUUGUUGAUAAAACUCUUGCUUUUAUUCACAAAUAUGGCAGCUGAAGAAUUCUGUUUUAUAAGUCUAUGCUCAAUCCGCCCUCGCUCAGCUGGCUUUGCAGCUUGGAUCUGUUGUUUUUUUUUUUUGGAAUUGUGUAUUUGUUGGUAUUUUAGUUUAGUUUAGUGUUGAGUGUAAAUUUGUUCCACUUUUCUUUAUCUUUACUUUGUCUUCCUUUCAUUCUGUACUCAGUCAUUUGUGAAGCCAGUGAUGAAAUAUGUGUCCAUGUGAAAUUAAAAUAAGGGGAAUGAUUGUGAUCUUUAUUAACCUGGUUUAUGUUUGCGGCUCGUUACCUUCAGUCGUUUGACCCGUGCAUCGUGAGGACGUUGGCUGAUCAUCGAAAUAUUGACCGUCUCACACUGAAAUAGAGCUGCAACUAACGAUUAUUUUCAUAAACAAUUAACCUGUCUGUUAUUUUCUCAAUUAAUCGAGUAAUCGUUUGGUCCAUUAAAUGUUGAUCAGUGUUUGUCAAACCUGGAAAUGGU